CGUGCCCCGUGGUCUCGGUGUCCCCGUGUGUCCUCUGGCCCUGCAGUGCUCGUGCCCCCUCGGUCCCUGUCCUCAGGUGGCCCUGUGCCCACGUCCCCACGGUUUCCUGUCUCCGUGGUCCCUGUGUGCCCCCCUCGCUGUGCCAAUGUCCCUGGGGUGCCCUUGUCCCCAUGGUCAGGCUUUGUCCUCAGGGUGGCAGUUUCCUCAUGGUCCCCCGUGUCUCCAUCCGUCCCCAUGACGCUCAUGUCCCCUGGUCCCCACAGGGCCCAUCCCCGUGGUUCUUGAGUCCCCACGUUCCCCCAGUCCCUCUUCCUCAUGGUGCCCAUUGUCUUCGGUGUCCCUGCCUGUCCCCGGUGGCAUCUCCGUGUUCCCACGGUCCCGAUAUCCCCAUGUCGCUUUGUCCCCUCAGUCCCCCUUCGCCACAGCGCGCGUAUCCCCAGUGUUCCCACAGCAUUCGCCCAUGUCCCCACAUUGUCUCCCCGCGUCCCCAGGCGGGGCUGGCGCGGUGCCAGCGCGAGGCCGAGGAGGUGGCGGAGCUGAUGCGACAGAACGUGGCGCGGGCGCUGGAGCGGGAGGGGCACCUGGAGCAGCUGCAGAGCCGUGCCCAGGACCUGCGAAAAGCGGGCGAAGCCUUCACCCGCACCACACAGACGGUGACGCGGCGCCAGCGCAGGCGACAUCGACGGUGGCACCUGGUGGCCCUUGGCCUCGGCCUCCUCUUCCUCUUCAUCCUGGGUCUGGCACUGGCACUGGCCCUGGCACGGUCAUCCCCCGGGACUGUCACCAGCACUGUCCCCACCCCGCAGGGGGGCACCAAGCCCCCCCCCAGCACUGCAGGGACUCCAUGACAGAGCAACGGGGGACAGAGCCUGAGGGGCUCCACAACAAAUAAACACCAGGACUUGCUUGGGGAGACCCUACAAUAACAAUAAUGAACCAGUGGGAUGAGCUUCAAGGAGACCCCACAACAAGAUCUGCUUUGAAGAGUCUCUAUUAUAAAAACCCAGCAAGACCCACUCAAGGGAAACACUACAAGCACCAAGAGCUCUUUGGGGAGACCCUACAAGCACAAACCAGGAGGAUGAACUUCCAGGAGACCCUAUAAUAAAUAAAUAUUAGGAUUUGUUUUGGGUUGACUUUACAGUAACUAAGGCUCCAGAAUCUGAUUUGGAGAUACCCCACAAUAAUGAACGAGCAGGAUGAACUCUUGAGAAGACUCUACAAUAAACGGACACCAGAAUAUGUUCAGGACUCCACAACAAUGAAGCCUACCAGAUCUACUUCAGGGAGACCCUAUGAUAAAUAAACACCAGGAUCUGUUUUGGGGAGACCCUACAAUAAACAAAUACCAAGAGCUCUUUGGAAGACCCUACAAAAACAGAGCAGUGGUAUCAGCUUGGGGGAGAUCCUACAAUCCCAAACCAGUGGGAUGAUUUUCCACUGAAGAAAUUCCCUUCUGUCCUGGGAAGAUCUUACAAACAUGCCAGAACCUCCAUGGAGACCUGACAACUACUAAACCUGAAAAUCUGCUUUAGGGAGACCCUAUUGUUGUUUACAAUAACAAACCACCAGGAUAAUCUCUGGGAAGGCCCUAUAAUAACAAGCAUGCUGGAUCUCCUCUGGGGAAACCCUAUGAGAAAUAAACACCCAACUUUUGUUUGGAGAGACCCUAUAGAAACAAACCAGCCGGACCUGCUCCAGGGAGAACAUCCUGGACCCUCUCUGGGGAGACCUUACAAUAAAUAAACACCAGAAUCUGCUUGGGGUAGAUCCUACAAUAACAA